GCUUCACACAGUACAUGCAUUGGGACCUAACAGUAUUAAGAGGCAGGUCCUUGGGGAACAGGUUAUGGUUCAAUUCAGUUUAACUCAGCAGAAUUUGUUGGACAGCGAUGAUGCACCGGGGACUGUGGAGUGGAAUGAAACGUGCAAGGACUGGAUGGAGGUCCAGUCGGCCUUGGAGAAGUACUACCUCUCCAUCUUUUACGGCUUUGAGUUCGUCGUGGGAAUGCUUGGGAACACCACGGUGGUUUUCGGCUACCUCUUCUGUCUGAAGAACUGGAGCAGCAGUAACGUCUACCUGUUCAACCUGGCCAUCUCGGACCUGGCCUUCCUGUGCACGCUGCCCAUGCUGAUGCGAAGCUACGCCAAGGGAGCCUGGCAGUACGGCGAGGUGCUCUGCGUGAGCAACCGCUACGUGCUGCACGCCAACCUCUACACCAGCAUCCUCUUCCUCACCUUCAUCAGCGUCGACCGCUAUCUGCUCAUGAAGUUCCCUUUCCGGGAGCACCUUCUGCAGAAGAAGGAGUUGGCCGUCUUGAUCUCCUUGGCCAUCUGGGCGUUGGUCACCUUGGAGCUGCUGCCUAUCCUCCACGUGAUCGGCCCGGUCACCACGGAGGAGGGCACGAGCUGCACCGACUACGCCAGCUCGGGGGACCCGCGGUACAACCUCGUCUACAGCCUGUGCCUGACCCUGGUGGGGUUCCUGGCGCCGCUGGCCGUCAUGUGCUUCUUCUCCUACAAGAUCACUAUUUUUCUGCGGCAGCGGAGCCGGCAGCUGAGCGUGGCGCAGACGCUGGAGAAGCCCCUGGCGCUGGUGGUCCUGGCCGUGGUGGUCUUCUCCGUGCUCUUCACGCCCUACCACGUGCUGCGCAACGUGCGCAUCGCCUCGCGCCUGGGCGGCGGGCAGGGCUGCACGCAGGUGGUCAUCAGCUGCCUGUACGUGCUGUCGCGUCCGCUGGCCUUCCUGAGCAGCGCUGUCAACCCUGUCUUCUACUUCCUGCUGGGCGACCACUUCAGGGAGAUGCUGGCCAGCAGGCUGCGGCAGGGCUGGCAGUCCCUCACGGCGCUCAGAGGGUGACUUGGCUCUGCACAAGGCCCCCGCUCCCAGCAAGCCGUCGGCGGCCUGGCUCCUCCAGACCCAGAGUCCAUCAGGAGGGGCUCCGAACUGAAGCUUGAGAGGCGCGUGGCACCUGGACAUGCGGUGGGAAGCAGGGGAGAAAGUGAGGGGCUCUCCACCCAUGAACUCAAGAGGUCCAGCCCCAGGUGCUCAAAGACUUCUCACCCGGAGCGAGCUUCUGGUGCCUGGAGUCAGGGGGCAGACCCGCAGCCACUGUGUUGGCCAAGUUCUCCGGUGAUUCUCAUUUGUACCAUCCCAGACCUAGCCAAAUAGCAGAUUAGAUAUAUUCUGUCAGAUGUCGUUUUUAGGAGUUGUGUUCUUAAGAAAACUGAAAGUAACAAGGAUUCAGAAAGCAGUGUAAUGAGUUCAAGCAUAUUUCCUUACACUGACCAUGUGUUGAGGUGGAUGUGUAUUUAAUCACUAAUCACUCUUUGUUUUUGUUUUGGUUUUGGUUUUUUUUGGUUAGAUGGGUUAUCAGUGGAAAGAACCUGAAGAGAUAAUUCAGCAAAGGGAGAAAAUAGAUUUGUUUGUGCUUGGAAAUUUAGGCAAUCUAGGAAAUUUAAAUUUAAUACAAUUCUUGGUAUUGUAUCAAAAUACUAGAGACAUGCCAAGGAUAGUUGCAAAAAUUUCAGGUGUAGAACAUAAAAUGACAACUGAGGAACCUCAAGCCAAAUAAAACAGAACAAAAGUGACUACAUGGAUUUUAUGAUAAUUGUGCCGUUUUGGAAUUUUAUUCUCCCCGUUUGACCACCAGUUCAUGGAAAUAGGUCAAAGUUCAUCAGGCUUUCUGCUCUUGAUUAAAUAACCAACUUUAAAAAGUCUUACUAUCACAAAACCAGCAAAUACGAGGAAAUGGAAUGGCAAUCCCCUGUCCCUUGGGUUAGUUUUUCCCUUUUGGAAAAAGGUCAUGGUUUCUCUCCUCCCUUCUUUUGUUUUAUAAGCGCUGGAAUCAUUUACAAGGAAGACGUUUUCUGGGAGACAGUGACUCACACAUCCAGAGAAGGCUUGUUUUCAUAGAACAUUGCAUAAGACCCUUGGAGGAAAUGUUCUCUGUAAGAUGUACCUUAUGCAAUUAUAGAACAUAAGGAAUAAUUAUGUCCAUAUUAACACAGAUGGUCCCAGGAGGUUAGGCACCAUUCCAUGCCACAAAACAGAGUAGGGUGUGGGGGCAGGGACUUGUGCUGUGUUUGCUUUUAAAAGUCAUACAAGUAUUACAUAAUCACUCACUGAUAUGCAACCAAGUGUGACCACUGCCAUGUGUCUGAGUUCCUUUCUUUGAUGUCAUUAGCUGUAAGGAGUAACAUGAAGGAUAAAAUAAGCAUUUUGAAUUCGGGGACAUAAAAUUCCUUUGCUUUUCCCAGUCUGAAAUACUCUGAUGGCAUUAUAUUCUAAUAUUUCAAAAUCCUCAAAUAUUUCCAGUGAAUCCUACUAGACCCUAAAUACCUGAACUAUUAUAAAACACAUUUGCUGUGAAUUUAAUAUUAUCUAUCUAUCUAUCUAUCUAUCUAUCUAUCUAUCUAUCUCUAUCUCUUUCUCUAUCUCCAUUUCUAUCUUUGCAGUGCUAGUGAUCAAACCCUAGAGCCCUGUGCAUACUAGGCAAGCACCAUACAAUUUGGCAAAACCCACAGCCCCUAAGAAUUUAUAAGGUAUUUUGGUCAUGUCUCAACGUUAUCAAUGUUAAAAUUUUUCAAUGUAAUUUUGUAAGUUAUCUAAAAAACAGAACUCCUUAAUUUCCUCAUCAGAACACAUUACAGACAAGACCUUAGGAAAGAAGUAUUAUUUCUGCAAAACUAACAACCUAUAAUUUAACUUUAACUUGUGCUUUAUGUGUGGAUUUCAUUUUGUACACAUAAAAUUAAAUUUCUUUCCUCUACUGCCAUUCCAAGGAAUGUCAAGGGUGGAUUCUUUCUGUUAGUGCAUUGGAAUAUUUUGUCAAACCAUAAACUUACAUAUAUCUUAUAAUUAAAAAGUUAAAAAACUUUA